GCGGCGGGUUCUUAGCGCAGCUGCCCCCUGUAGAGCCGCUGUGUAUACCUUCCAGCACCUGCGGUCUGGAGGGAGCGCGUCUCGCAGCCCUGUGCGCACGUCUUCGUCUGUCCUUGUCCGUUUAAUCCUGCCCCAGGUUGCAGAGAGCAGCCUGCCGUCGCGACCCCGCCUCUGAGGCUCUAGGCUCGAGGCAGCCGGGCCGGUUCCGCCGGCCCUCGCCCCCUAGCCCCUGGAGCCAGUCAGCCGCCCGCGGCCUCGGCGGGACGAUGCUGGAGUCCAUUCGCGUGACGGAAAAGCUUCACUGGCCUGAGCAAGAACUUGCUAAGAAGUCUGUUCUAAAUGCAGAAGAAUCAUUGAUCACUGACAGCAAAAGAAGCAUUUCACAUUUAUCUCCUGGAAUACUAAAGGACAUUUUCACAACUGGAACCAGUAGUUACAAUGUUCUACUACAGAGCAAAGAGGAGAAAAAGCAUCAUUCACAGAAACAGUCUUCCUCAACCCACUCCAGAAGAUGUAGAAAGCCCAGCAAAUCUCCUAGUUCUUCUCGUAGUAAAGAUCUCCGCAAGAUGAGAUCCCCAGUGCCUGUGAUGAGCAGUGGUACUUGGUACUGCCUAGAAAGGCAGCCUGAUGUUUUUGUCACUAGUUCAGGGUCAAGUCCCAUAAAGUUUACACACGAUAUCUCUGUUACAGGGAACAGCAUAGUGCUGCCACCUAAACCCAAAAACAAGGUUAAGCGAUGCCAUUUCUCCACUCUGCCAAAGCCAAAGCCACAGCCUCAGUUGUCUAGAAGUUUUGAAAAGGGAGAUGACUUUUCUGGGAAGAAAUUUUGUAUACUGACUGCUAUAAAGCCCACCAACUUGGAAAAGGAAAAACUGAGAUUUUUCAAGUCUGACUAUACCUACAAUCCUCAGUUUGAAUAUGCAAACCCAUCUCUGCCGAGUGUGUUGGCUAAACACAGCAAUGCGUCUGACCGAUUUCUUAAACAGUCCAUCAACAUUAUGGAACUGACUUUACAGAAAUAUGGAAGUUAUGAAAAAUUUGAGCAGGCCACUGGAGGCAGCCUGCUAUCGAAAACUCGAAUCUGGAGUCACGUGAGGAAGUACAUGAUGAAAGAAGGCUGCAUGGGCGAGAUUGUAGUUCAUCUUACCGAAGACCUACUUUCCCGAGCUUCAAUGACAGUGGUAAAUGGAUGUCCAACACUGACCAUCAAUGUUUCCACUGCACGUGAGCACUGGCUGGAGGGCAUGUUGAGGCAUGAAAUAGGCACACAUUAUUUUCGAGGUAUUAACAACCUUCAGCAGCCGUGGAACAGUUGGACUGGUCGUAAAAAACAUGAGCUAAAGCCAAACAAUCCCACAGAGGAAGGACUGGCAAGUAUUCACAGCGUCCUUUUUAGAAAAGACCCCUUUUUAUGGAGGGCUGCCCUCCUCUACUACACUGUUUAUCGAGCCAGCCAAAUGUCCUUUUGUGAACUCUUCAAAGAUAUUGGAAAGUUUGUCAAGGACCCCAAUACAAGAUGGGAUUAUUGUGUCCGAGCGAAGAGGGGAUGGACUGAUACUUCUCAACCAGGGUGCUUCAGUAAAGACCAGGUAUACUUGGAUGGCAUCCUGCAAAUCCUCCGGUACCGAGAAACCAUUGACUUUCAUCUGCUGACUGCCUUGGGGAAGGUCUCUUAUGAAGAUGUGGAUCGCUUAAAAGGAUUGGCAGUUAUUGAAAACAUGAGGGUCCCUCAUUUUCUGCAGGACCAUGGCCGAUACAUGGAACAUUUAGAGAAGAUCAUGGAAGUGAAUGAACUGACUGACAGGGAACUGAAAGAUCUUAUAUAUUAAUCAGCAUUUUUGCAGACAUAGCGAAGCUAUACCUCUGUGUAUAUUUAUUACCAGUUAGGUGCAGUUAGCACCAGCAUAUUUAUAAAGACUGUUUACAUGGAUUUUCUGAAGAACAAUCUGCAGUAUUCAGCCGAAUUUUUAAAAGGUUAAGUACAAACCUUAAAUUGUUUCCCUAACAUGUUUCUAUAGGCUGCAGGGGAAAGUUCCUAUUUUCAUCUGGAUCCCAACAGAGUCCGAUGAAAAUACUGCUGGUGAGUUUUGAAGAAUCGUGGUCAAACUGAGUAACGAGCAUCUGCCUGAGCACCGAGACCAGCCCUGUCUAGAGACCGAAUUCCAAUCUGAAGUCCAAGAUUAUCUUUUACUUGAUAAACAGUGGUGAUUCUUUGAGAAAUUAGUUGUUACGCUCCCACAUGCUUAGCUGUAGUUUAUUUCUCUUAUAUUAGAGGGGAAGAGCAGUUAGAAAAGUUUUCAUUCUUUAUUUUACACAUUGUUUGACCUUAUCAGUUUAUAGGAACUACAUUAAAGAAUUACCUCUUUUGUGUAGUUAUUUUCUAACUAAACUUUGUUUGCUGAAACAAACUGUAUCCCUUCAAGAUUUUAAAUAAGUUUUAGGGUCUUUCCCUCCCCAGUCCUUUACCUAAAUGAGAAGUACAAGUGGUAUUGUCUACAUGGACUAAAAUAGUUGGGGAGAGAGAAGCUACUCACCUUUUUAUUAAAUGGAGCGACCAGCAAGACACAGAGACUAACAUAGUUUCUGUAGGAGCUGGAUGGUGACUAGGUAGCAUCUGCUGUACACUUGACCAUGCCCUGAAAAGUGGAAUUCCUGGGCGUUGCCAUUUGAUAAACUGGUCUUGUGAUAUUGGCUCAGCAAAUUUUAUCAAAAUCUUUGAUUUCAUCAAGCCAAUAAUGACAGUUUGACUUUCAAAAAUGAGAGUUCUGUUUUGCUGCAUUUCCUCUGCUAAAAGCAUAUACACCUAGCUUUGUAUAAUUGAUUGAUUUCGAUACAUACUUGGGUAUAUGUACUUAGAAUCAAAUAGUUCUUCAGCAACUUAUUUUAAUGAUCAGGAAGAAUACUGCUGUAAAUACCCCAAUUAAAAUUGCUACUGUAAGUUUUACCCAGAGCUAUCUGAGAGUUUAUCUUUACCUCAUUUCAGGCUUAAAUAUGGUGCUAACCUGGUAGAUGUAUACCGCAAAGCCUGGUCCACAUUGCUGCUAGGAAAUUAUUUUGGGAAAUCUUAGGCACGCUAGGUUAUGUGAUUUUCUCAUUCACGUAUCCAGAAGGACUUGCCUCAAGGAAGAAUAUUGCAGCAAACAGGAAGUAUUCUAACUGGCACCUGCUGGUUCUUACAGAGCCACACACGUCACCUGUGGCAGGUAGCAGGCCAGGCCGUUUGGAGCAUUAAACUUACCCACACACGUGCCAUGAUGGCCGAGUGUGGCCUGCACAUCUCUGUGCAGACCGGGGCACACACUGUGCCAACAAUGACCAGAUGCUGGACAACCACUCGGCUUCUCGGGUGUGUUUCCUUGUAGCGUUGUGCUGCCGUCUCAGCUUUGGUGUAGUGUUUUCUAACUUCGUCUUCAAACUUCUCAAAGGUGAUUGUGAAAACUGUGUAGUAUUGAAGUAUAGACACAUGACAAGGUGUAUGUCCUGUGAUUUAAGCCCAAAAGCUUAUUAAUUCAACAUUUGUAGGCAAUAACUGCUAAUCAUAGGUUACAGUUUAGAUGUAAAGGGAAAUCACAACAGCCUUAAUGUCCUAUUAAUCAAAGGAUUAUUUACAGUGAUUCUAGUCCCUGAAUCUAAAAAUGGAUAUCCUCUCUCUGAUUUUGAAAAGGAAACACUUUAUUGCCUUAUUGUUUCGGUAUAAAGAAAAAAAAAAAA